CUGAUAAUACAACUUCCUGUUACUGCUGUUGUUUUAGCUUUUCAGAAUCAGACAUUUUUCUGUCAGAGCAACAAUGAAAGACUUAUUCAGAAGCAUCAUGAUAAAAAGAGUUAUCAUCUACUUGCUGACUGUGACUGGUGUGCAAACAAUAGAACUUCACACUAAUGGGAAUGUAACAGUUAUGGAGGGUCAGUCAGUUACAUUAUGGUGUGACUCUUCUAAAGAUGCAAAGAUAGCAUUAGUUGAAUGGAAGAAAUCCAGCAACAAAACAAAACUUGCAGUGUACAGUCCAAACGGUACACAUCAUCAUGAUAAGCGAAUAACAAUGGAAGUCAACAGUCAUCGUUCCACAAUCUCAAUCAAAAAUGCUCUCAAAGAUGAUGAGGACUGGUAUUUUUGCAUAUUUCAGACCUUUCCAAAUGGAAAACAGGAGUACAAAAUAUAUUUGGAUGUAAAAGGUGAUGAAGGGAAAUCCCAAGCCUCUUCCUAUCUAGCCACUUAUGUUGUCAUUGGUGUGGUUCUGGCAGUGCUGGCCAUUGGCAUGAUUCUUUUGUUGCUACACUAUGUUCAUAGAAAGUCUAGAAUCAACAUUCCAAACCAAAUCAACAUUAUCCUGAAAAACACAGAUGACACCGAUAACCAGGACAACAAAUUACCACUCAACAGGCCGAUGGUAACCAACAGUCAAUAUGAAGACACAGGCAUUGAUUAUAUGAGUAUCUCACUACAGUGAUAAUAUUCAGUUUCAUCGACAGACUAAAAAUUCACCAGUUCUGAGAAGACUGGAUCAUUUUGCGCUUUUUCAUUGGUGAAAUCAUGCACCAAGUAUUAGUGAAGAAAACAUGUUAAGGAUAAGAUGUGAAAACUCAACACAUGUAGCUAUUAAUCAUGCUUAAAUUUCCAAAGUUGCCAUUGUGUUUAAAAUAAUUCAUUGACACAGAAUUGCAAGUAAACCUUGAAAAUAUUCUGAGCUGAAAAUGUGUUGCUGGAAAAGUGCAGCAGGUCAGACAGCAUCC